GAAGUUGGUUCGCCAACCGCCACAAAACUCAAGAAGAAGAAGUUGUUUAAGCAGCGUUUGUGUUUGUUAGUGUUUUGUAUUCUUCAUAUAUUUUUCUGCAGUUUUUGACGGGGUUAAUGUUUAUCUGCGGUUCGUUUGAUUUAUAAAUGUAGUAAACUGAAAGUGAAACUUUGAAGAAGGAUUUUGACGUGAAGCUUAAAAAAUGGCGUCUAAAUCUUUUUCUGAGGAGGAUUUCUCUUGUCCUGUGUGCUGUGAUAUUUUUACAAAUCCUGUUGUGUUGUCUUGUAGUCACAGUAUCUGUAAAGACUGUAUUCAGAGAUUCUGGGAAAGUAAAGAAUUUCAAGAAUGUCCAGUUUGCAGAAAACGAUCUUUAAGGGAUGAACCUCCAAUAAAUUUAGCUUUGAAGAACUUGUGUGAGACUUUCUUAAAGGAGAGAAGUCAGAGAUCUUCAUCAGUUUGUCAUCUUCAUGAUGAGAAACUCAAACUCUUCUGUCUGGAUGAUCAACAGCCGGUGUGUUUGGUGUGUCGAGACUCCAGAACUCACAACAACCACAAAUUCUGUCCUGUCAAUGAAGCUGUUGUUAAUAAAAAGGAGGAACUCAAAUUUGCAUUAAGACCCUUACAGGAGAAACUAAGAAUAAAUGAACAGAAUAAACAGAUUUUGCAUGAAACUGCAGAACAUAUAAAGAUUCAGGCUGAACGCACAGAGAAGCAGAUUCAUGAAGAGUUUGAGAAACUUCACCAACUUCUACAUGAUGAAGAAUCAGUCAGAAUAACAGCACUGAGAGAGGAAGAGGAGCAGAAGAGUCAGAUGAUGAAGGAGAAGAUUGAGAAGAUGAGCAGUGAGAUUUCAUCUCUUUCACACACAAUCAGAGUCAUAGAGAAGCAGAUGACAGCUGAAGAUGUUUCAUUCCUACAGGACUUUAAGAGCACAAUGGAGAGAGUUCAGUGUAGAACGUCAGAUCCAGAGGACAUCUCAGGAAUGAUGAUCAAUGUAGCAAAACAUCUCCACAACCUGAAGUUUACUGUCAUACACAAGAUGAAGGAGAAAGUUGAAUACAUUCCAGUGACUUUGGACCCAAACACUGCUGCGUGUUGUCUCUUUCUGUCUGAUGAUCUGACCAGUGUGAGAUUCAGUGAAGAUGAAGCGUUGCUUCCUGAUAAUCCAGAGAGAUUUGAUGAGUGUGCAUGUGUUUUGGGUUCAGAGAGCUUUAACUCAGGGAUUCACUGCUGGGAUGUUCAGGUUGGAGACAACACAUGCUGGGGUCUGGGUGUGAUGACAGAAUCUGCAGAGAGAAAGGAUGACAUAUAUUGGAACAGUGGAGUCUGGUGUGUGUUGAAUGAGUCUGGUGAAUACUCAGCAGUCACUACACCACUGGUAUCACCUCUUCCUCUCCCAUUUAAGAAAGUUCUUCCUCUCUCACUGAAAGUGAAACUCGAGAGAAUCAGAGUUGAGUUGGAUUGUGACAGAGGAAAACUGUCAUUCUCUGAUCCUCUCACUAACACACACAUAUACACUUUUCCACGCACAUUUACUGAAAGAGUUUAUCCAUGGUUCAGUGUUCGGUGUGAAAUGUCUCCUCUGGUGAUCUUACCGGUAAAAUCCUCUUGAUGAACUGAUCAUCUGACUUACAAUUCAAGUUUGCAUUUGUAAAUCACUCUUCACAACACAUAUUGUUUCAAAGAUGCUUUUGCAGAAAAUGCUUAUGUCAGAAAAAGUUUUGAGAUUGUAUAUACUGUAAAUGAUAUUGUUUACAAUUAUUAGCAAAAUUAAUGUUUAUUAUAGCAAUUAUAGGUUGAUAGUAAAGUACAUUAUAUAUGUAAUAUUUGACAGUUUUUUUGGGCCAACCCCUAAGUAUAAUCGAAUAUCCUCAGUGGUUUUAAAACUGACUGAAUAAAAUACAAACGUGGCGUCCAGAUGAAGGACGAGGAUGACAUCAGGCUUACACUGUCUGCAGGCAUUUGCUUUAAACCAAAACACAAGUGUAGGCCAAAAGACCAAAUAGUUAUUGUGCCAUGAGGUUCAAGUGAAAUAGUGUUAAUAAAUGUGUUUUGACUUUAA